AAUAAAUCAGUCACAAAUGCAUCAUUUUGUGUAAAGCUUUGUAUAAAGCCAAUUCCACAACCAAGUUAAGACAGUACUGCUGUGCGGGUUUCCUGUGGUUACUAUGGCGAUGUUACUUACUACCCGUCUGCCAUUUUGUUUUGUGCGUUUAUCCCUGAAUUUCUUGUCUUGUCUUUCAACAAAAAUAUAGCGCGUGAAAGCUUCUUGUGAUAGUUAGCGACUGCCUUAAAUGUAAGACUUUUGAUAUCUUUUUGGCGUCAGUUUGGGGUAGAAUAACAUGUCGUCUUCGCCUCCAAGACGGCGUAGCCAAGAUGAUACGUCUUGGUUCCAAGAUGGCAGAACAAGCUGUGAAAAACAGACUUCAUAUUUCGUCAAGAUCCGUAAACUUCAAGAAGAACUUAUCAACCGUGAACAGCACAAUCUUAUAAAUGCCAUGGAAAGGCUGAAGCAAGUGAGUUAUCCAAGACGAAAGCCUUACGUGCGAAAUUUUGAGUUACCAGCCCAAAGUGGUCUACCUUCGCUUCCCUGCCGGCCUUUGAAUGCUAGACAAAGGAGACAACAACACCAUAAUAAUUUAGAUCUUAAACCUUUAAGGGGGAAACAUAUUCUUACAGAAAAAGACAUAAUGAACGCAGGGAGAGACAGUAGUGAAUUGGAGGAGUUUACAAUAGAGGAUUUGAAAACCCUCCGGAUGAUGCCUCCAGCACUAAAUGAUAAUCAAAUAGCAAAGAUAGUAUGCCAUGCUAACCUUGACAGACCAUCUACUUACUUGCUACAGCCACACCUACCAUCAAUUCCUAAUGUAUCAAGGAAAGGUAACAAACACCUUGAUAAUCGUCUAAGAUUGUUGAGUUUAGCCUCUGAGCCUGAAUAUGUUGAUCACUCAGUCACAUCAGUGAAAAAGAUUCAUUCAAGUCAUUCGCAAAGAAGAGACAAAACACAAAAUGCAUCAUCAUCACACGAGAGAGAGACAAAUACAAAGGGCAGGAAAAAGAAGAGUGUUUUGACUUUUGAUGUGAAACCUAAUGAUCCCUCUAUAUUUUCACAUUGUGUGGGUGAGGAAAGUGCAAAAGGUGAGAGGGAUAUUUUUACACCACUUCCACCUCCAAACUCAAGACCAAGCUCGACAAAAUCAGGUCAGAUAAUCGGAGAAAACAAUAUGCAAGAUGAUAAGCUUGUUUCACCUGUAGAAGAAGAAUUUCCAAAGAAUCCAACAACUCCUAACUUGCCAUCUAAAGAAGACAAUAGCAAUAAUGAGCCAGUGACUGAAGCUGUUGAAGGAGAUGGAGACUCUGCCGAAUCUUUUGAGCACUCACCUAUUGAGCCCACUAUCACAAUCUCCACAAAAGCUACAGCAACUCCCCAGGAUCCAAAGGGGUGACAGUAGAUGCGUCUAGGGCAGGUCAAGGGGGCAUUCUCAGAUAUAUUACUAUGAAGAAAUAUAAGGGAAUUCAUAAAAGUCCAAUGAGUUCCCCUAUCUGUCUUGAAGUCAUUGCUUUGGCUCCCAUCAUUUGAAAUCAAAUAUCAUGCCCUAGCGAUUUAUAAAUAAUUAAUGGACAUUAUGGUCAAUUGUAAUGGCAUGCCUGAUACAUAACAUUUAGCAAGUAACAUAUAGUGUGACUGUUACGUUAAAUUGUGCAGCAAUAAUAGCAAAUAUAGAGUUUAACUAUAAAUUAAAGUUCAUCACUUCUGAUGAAUAUGUACAUAGUUAUAUUUUGUAAUAUUAAAAUUUUGUAGAUACUGUUAUCAAAAUACAUAUUUUUAAGAACUUGUUACUGUCAUUAUGUGCCAACCCUUGCUUAUAUGUGAAUAUGUUUGCAGUCACUCUAAGGAAUUGCAUCAUCUCUAAGUUAUGGUUCAAGAAUAAGAAAGGGGAUGAUUUGUCUAGGUCGGCUGAAAUACUAAAAGUAAUAAAGAGUAUUUGACACGCAA